UCCCCCAGUGUCACCUCAACAGAUGCCACCUCCUCUCCUGUCACCUCCACUGCUGCCACUUCCACUGCUGUCACCUCUACAGUUGUCACCGCCACUGGUGAAACCUCCUCCGCUGUCACCUCCACUGCUGUCACCCCCACAGAUGUCACCUCAUCUGUUGUCACCACAAGUGCCAUCACCUCCACUUCUGCUACCUCCACUGAUGUCACCUCCACUGCUGUCACCUCUUCUGAUGUCACCUCCUCUCAUGUCACCCCUACUGCUGUCACCUCCACUGCCAUCACCUCCACAGAUGUCACCUCCGCACUUGAAACCUCCACUGCUGUCACCUCGAGUGCCACCACUGCCACUGAUGUCACCUCCACUUCUGCUACCUCCACUGAUGUCACCUCCACAGACACAACUUCUGGUGUCACCUCCACAGCUGCCACCCCCACCGGUGUCACCUCCACUGCUGUGACCUCGAGUCCCAUCACUGCCACUGAUGUCACUUCUUCUUCUGCUACCUCUACAGAUGUCACCUCCCCCAGAGUUACCCCUACAGAUGUCACCUCCUCUCCAGUCACCACCACGGACAUCACCUCCACUGCUGUCACUUCCACUGCUGUCACAUCCACAGACGUCAUCUCCUCUGCUGUCACCUCUACUAAAACCACCACCACCGAUGUCACCUCUACUGCCAUCACUGCCACAGAUGUCACCUCCACUUCUGCUACCUCCACAGAUGUCACCUCCUCUGCAGUCACCACAAGUGCCAUCAUUACAACUUCUGUCCCUCCCACAGAUGUCACCUCCACGGCCAUCACCUCCUCUGCUGUCACCCCCACAGAUGUCACUUCCUCUGCUGUCACCUCGAGUGCCAUCACCUCCACUGCUGUCACUCCCACUGAUGUCACCUCAUCUGUUGUCACCACAAGUGCCAUCACCCCCACCGAUGUCACCUCCACUGCUGUCACCACAAGCACCAUCACUACCACUGCUGUCACCUCCACUGCUGUCACCCCCACCAAUGUCACCUCCUCUGUUGUCACCUCGA